ACUCUGGAUAGCUCUUUGCUUACCACCACCGACGUCAGUCGGAAACGUCGGAGCAAUCAGUCGUCUUCUCCAGCGACAGCGGUGGUUGUGUUCAGCACUUUGGUGGCUGUCUGUGGAUCUUUCGUUUACGGUUCUGCUGAUUUUCGAUUUUGUGAGAUAAGAUGGAAUAGGAUACGCAACAGUUGGCUUUUCAUCUCCAGCUCAGAUGGGAAUCAUGGAUGAUCUUGGCAUGUCCUUGGAACAGGUAGUGUCAUUUUUGGUCACAAAAAAAAUGUAAUAUACUAAUAUGUUCAUAUAACAUGUUUAAGUGAAGUUUCUUAUGCUUAUGCUUUCCUCUUGUGUGUGGCUUCUCAUAGGAAAUGUUAUGAUUCAAAUUCACAUUUCUCAAUGCUAAUUUAGGGUUACAGAAAUCUUAUGAUUAUACUUCUUUUGUCUUCUCCAUCUUGUUUUCACGGUUACUUGCAGUACUCAGUUUUUGGUUCAAUAUUGACAAUUGGAGCCAUGGUUGGUGCAGUUAUGAGUGGGAAAAUAGCCGAUCAAUUUGGAAGGAAAAUGACCAUGGGAAUAUCUCAAGUGUUUUGUUUGUUCGGGUGGUUAGCAAUUUUAUAUUCUGAGGCUUCUUGGUUGCUUGAUGCUGGAAGACUAUCAAUAGGAUAUGGAGUUGGGGUUAUCUCCUAUGUGGUACCAGUUUACAUAGCAGAAAUAACACCCAAAAAUCUUCGUGGAGCAUUUACAGAUGUUAAUCAGCUGAUGAUAUCUAUUGGAAUAUCUGUAAUGUGGCUUCUUGGAAUUCUUAUUCAUUGGCGUACGCUAGCUCUUAUUGGAGGCAUUCCAUGUGUACUACAGGUUGUAGGCCUGUUCUUCAUCCCUGAAUCUCCUAGAUGGCUGGCAAAAAUCGGUUUAUGGAAAGAAUGUGAGAAUGCUCUACAAAAACUUAGGGGAGAGAAUGCAGAAAUCUCUGAAGAAGCUGCUGAAAUCAGAGAUUACACAGAAACACUUGAUCAGAUAUCAGAAAGUAGAGUCUUUGAUUUGUUUCAACCGGAAUAUGCCAAAUCUCUCAUUAUUGGAGUUGGACUUAUGGUAUUACAACAAUUUGGAGGAGUCAAUGCUAUUGCAUUUUAUGCAAAUUCUAUCUUUAUUUCUGCUGGUUUUUCAAGUACUAUUGGAUCAAUAGCACUGGUUCUUGUUCAGAUUCCAUUUACCAUUUUAGGUGUACUUUUGAUGGAUGUUUCGGGUAGACGACCACUACUGAUGGUUUCUGGUGGUGGAACUUGCUUGGGUUGUUUGCUUCUAGGGAUAUCAUUUUUCCUACAGGACCACCUUGAAGAGAAUAAAGGGUUAAGCCCUAUUUUAGCACUUGUUGGAGUAUUGGUUUUUAAAGGAUCCUAUUCAUUGGGCAUGGGAGGGAUUCCAUGGGUCAUUAUGUCUGAGAUCUUUCCUAUGAAUAUUAAGAGCUCAGCUGGAAGCCUUGUGACACUAGUUAACUGGUUUGGUUCUUGGGUUGUUUCAUAUUCUUUCAACUUCUUGAUGGAAUACAGCACUGAAGGAACAUUUUUCAUGUUUUCAAGCAUAUGCUGUGUGACUGUUUUGUUUGUUGCAAAAUUAGUACCAGAGACCAAGGGUCGGACACUAGAAGAAAUUCAAGCAUCCAUGAACACCUCUAUUGAAACUUGAUUACAUGACAUGAUAUGAAAGAUUAGAAUAUAAUGAUUUUGUAUGAUAUUUGAUUCAAAAAUUAUAGAAUCCAUUUUUUGGACCUAGAAAGUAUUAAUUGUCGUGUAAAGUGUAUUUUUUUGGGGGGGCUUAGUUUGGGAAAGUUUCAGACAUUGCUAUAUAACGUGUAUUAAAAUGCAAAAUAUUGGGAACUAGUUGUAAAAAGAUUAAAGAUACAAUGUGAUAUGAAUAAUAAAAUACUAGUUUAUAGCU